CUCUUACAAUUAUCAACUGGAAGUAACGAAUUUCCAAAAAUGUUAACAUUACGUUACUUGUCACUACUAAUUUUAGUAGUGUGUUGGAUGGGUGUUACACAAGUGACGUCUCUAAAGCCCCCGAAUCCGAAACAUGGAGAUUUUGAUCCUCACGGAGAGCUGGAACGAACGUUUGUAGCUGCUCGGAUCAACGAACUGACCGAUGAGCAUGACGUGAAUCCUUGGGAGGUGAGCGGUUUGUUCGAGGGAGACAUGCUUUGGGAUCCACACCUGUCCCGGAACGGAAUCCUCAACGUUACCGGACGCUGGACCAAUGGGACCGUACCGUAUUACAUCGAGGAGGGGAAUUUCACGAACGAAGAAAAGAUGGUGAUUUUGAGUGCCUUCAGCGAGUAUCACAACAAGACGUGUCUUCAGUUUCGACCGUAUCGCACGGGUGAUGAACAUUGGUUGGUUUUCCGGUCGAAUAACGCCGGAUGUUGGUCCAGUGUAGGGAUGCAAAGCGAAGGUCAGGUUGUGAAUCUUCACUCCCCGGGUUGUGUUAAACAUGGAGUAGUGGUGCAUGAAGUGCUUCAUGCGUUAGGAUUCUUCCACCAGCAAAGCGCAUCCGAUCGGGAUGAGUACGUACGAAUUCUCUGGGAGAAUAUCGAUCCAGGACAUGAGCACAACUUCAACAAGUACAACGAAAGCAACGAAAGCGUAGUCACCGGCUAUGGAGUGGAGUACGAUUAUGGGAGCGUGAUGCAUUACAGCGGGAAGGCAUUCUCCAAGAACGAUCUUCCGACUAUGGAACCGCUUAAGCCCAACAUCACUACCCUUGGUCAACGGAAAGGUUUAAGCGUUAAAGACGUUAUCAAACUGGAGCGCAUGUACGAAGGACGCUGCGUCCAGAGAACCAGCGACGUUUCGGAAGAAGACGAAAAUACCUUCAUCGAUGAGAUCAACUCACUGUACGGUCUAUUGAACGGAAGUUUGUUCCCAUAA